GAGCCGGCUCGCCCUGCCCGCUGACCAAUCGGGGGGGCGGGAGGGGGGCUCCGAACCUGACGUGAUGGGAUUCGGCGAAACUGUUACUGAGCAGCAGCACGCGGGCGGCGAGCGCAGCGCGGGGCGCGGGGCGGCCAGCGGCGCGGCGGGCGCGCCCAGCGGCUCCAGCCUCCUCCCCGCCGGCGGCCGCGCCUCGGCGCCCGCCGCCGCCAGACCCGGCCCGGCCGCGCGGCCGGCGCCCGGCGAGGCGGCGCGCCGCGCCUCGGCGCUGCCCGGCGCCCGCUGAGUGUCACCGCUCCCGGCGCCUCCGAGGGGCGGCGGGCGAGGGAGCUGCCCCGGGGCCGCCCCGGGCUUCGCUGCCCUCCUCCUCCUCCUCCUCCUCCUCCUCCUCCUUUUUUGGGCCCCCCGGGCGCGGACCAUGGCUUGCGGCCCCCGGCGCGGCGGCGCGGCCGUCCCCGCGGGCGCGCACUGAGGCGCCCCGCGCCGCCGGGGGGCUCGGCGGGGCGCGGCCGGCAGCGCGGAGCGGAGCGGGGGGCCGCGCCCGGCGGCGGCGCAGCGCCCGCACCAUGUCGGCCGUCGCCUACAUGGACUUCGUGGCCGCGCAGUGCCUGGUGUCCAUCUCCAACCGCUCGGCCGUGCCCGAGGCGGCGCGGCUGAAGGUGCCGGGCGAGGCGGAGGUGGGCAAGGAGCUGCGCGACCCCCGCGACGCCUGGAAGGACUACUGCACGCUGGUGACCAUCGCCAAGAGCCUGCUGGAGCUGAACAAGUACCGGCCGCUGCCCGCCCCCUCCGUCUGCAGCGACAGCGUGGAGAGCCCCGACGAGGACGUGGGCUCCGACAGCGACGUGACCACGGAGCCCGGCUCCAGCCCGGCGCGCAGCCCGGCGCCGGGGCCGCCCGCGCGCCUCCGCGGCGCCGCCGCCCCCAAGGCCAAGCUGGCGGCCGAGAAGCGGCACAAGUGCCCCUACAGCGGCUGCGGCAAGGUCUACGGCAAGUCCUCCCACCUCAAGGCCCACUACCGGGUGCACACAGGCGAGCGACCAUUCCCCUGCACGUGGCCCGACUGCCUUAAAAAGUUCUCUCGCUCCGACGAGCUCACCCGGCACUACCGAACCCACACGGGCGAGAAACAGUUUCGGUGCCCCCUGUGCGAGAAGCGGUUCAUGCGGAGCGACCACCUGACGAAGCACGCCCGGCGCCACACCGAGUUUCACCCCAGCAUGAUCAAGAGAUCCAAAAAGUCCAGCUCCAGCUCCUUGUGAAGGCAGAGCUGGCCUGGGGAGGGGAGCGGGGGGAAGCGAGCCGCAGUGAGGACGUCGUGAACGGCGCAAGAGCAGCCUGCUGUGGUACCGCUCGUGGUCCCCACUCGCGAUUUGAAAGCACAUGUAGCCGAAGUUCAAAAAAUAAAUACUCUGUGCCCCCCCUCCCCACCCUUUGCUGGGAACAACAGUCUUAAACAAGUGAAUUGCAGAGUGCGAGCGAGGAAAGGGAUGGCGAUCAGACUAGGCGAUUACUUUCUUUUGUAAUUUAAAGCAUUGACACUGGUGUAUAUAUGUCGGACUGGAUGGUUUGGCCUGUGACACCACAGUAGCGUGAUUCCAAGGUCUUUGUGAUUGCUGUGUCAUGAACAUGUUUCGUUGAACAAUGUAAUGCUGCUUGUAUUUAAAAUUUGUUGAGUAAAACCACUUUCCGAGUCACUUAAAUAAUUCUCAAGUAAAAACUCCAUAGCACAUUUUAGAAGUGGAUUUACUUCUAUCUCAGAAUGAUCCUCCAUUUAGAAAGACUGUUAAGAGAAACAUUGCAUCUGUUACUAAUAGCAUCUGAUUGACAUACAGAAAUAAGGUGAAUUUAUACUCAAGAAGACCCAUUAAAGUAAAUGGGUCUUUUUAAUUUUUUCUUUGUAUUAACUAUACUUUUGAAUAUAAGCUGCACUUUUUUUCCAGUAAAAAUGUGUAUAAUCCAAGCAGAUACUUAAAGCAAAAAAAAAAAAAAAAAAAAAAACCCAAACAAACCCACAACAGCUAAGUCAUUUUCUGACAGUAUGUGUAUUUAGCUCCAUUAUUCACUUACCUGAAAAAAAUACAAGUCAGCCUACAUAAUGUGACAGGGUUAUGAGGGCAGAAACAUACAUCUCUCAGUUGAUCAUAUACUUUCAUUUGACAAUAAAUACCGUACUGUACUAUAGAAAUGCCACUAACAGUGCUUUAUUCUGCUGUGUUUUGUUUGAGUGGAUGCAUAACAGCAGCUACCAUCUUUAUAAACUGCUGCUUUUUUAAAGGUUUUUUCUCUUCAUACACUUGCCUUAAAGAUUUAUUCUCUUCAUACACUUGCCUAACUCCUGCAGAAUCCAAUGGGAGUUGUGUGUGCUUAUGGAGAGAGUAGACCUUUCCUUAAGAGCACUCUGCUAAUGGAAACAGCUAAAAUUAUUGCAAAGAGCACUUUGAAAGGGCUCCUAUAUAUCUCUUUAGAGCUGUUUCUGUAGAGUAUGGGGGAAAACCGCAACCUAGUCGGAAAUACAGCACGGAAGGUAUGUCGUAAUAUUCCUUAUGACAUAAGCUUCCCUAGGUACUUUGCAUAGUACCUGUGUCAUGUGUGACACGUCAAAUACUGAUAAAGGCAAUAUUGCAUUUAUUUUAAAUCUGUGUUUUGCUCUUUCAGAGGGGCAAAAACAUCGCUGAAGGAAAACGUUAAAUCAUUGUCAUUAUCUGAAUAUUUCAUCUUUGUUUAUGUUAAAAGCGUGAAGUGUAAGAGGUUAUCAGUGACUUUUCCCUCCCCAACUAUUUAUAGGGGGAGAAUUAUGUUUACACAUUUUUCUUUCCAGAAACAUUCUUCUUCUGUUCUGUUUUUACCCCUUCCUCCAAAAGAGGAGGGGGAGGUGCAGCCCUACUAUGGAGACUUAGGGCCAAAUUCAUCUCGGGAGUAAUCACACUGAAAUCCGAAGUGUUUCCACUACAGAUGAAUUUAGGUCAUCUUGUAAAAUUUUGUACAUAAAAAUCUUGUUAGUACACCUGCAAUUACAGUAUCUUAUUGUUUUACCUGAUAAAAAGCUUGCUUCCUAGAAACAAACACGAAAAAUCAACUCAGAGAGUAGAGUAUUUUCUUCUACGGUUCUAUAUGGCUUUCAGCAUUAGAAAUCAGUUUGCAUAUAGUGUUUUUACCUGUGUAGUUUAUGAUAAAUUCCGUCUAUGUGAAGAGAACUGCUUUUAAGGCAUUAGGGAUAUUGAGCAGUCUGUGGAAUAAAAAGGGAUGUGUUUUCUUCAGUGAAGACAUCAGGAAACCAAGCACACUUUCUACCUCCGUUUCAGCUUUUUGAAACAUUUAUUUUAGAAACCAAACUUUAAUUUCUGGUGUCCAAAUUGGGUUGUAGGGACAUACGUUCUUCCUAAUAAAAAUAGGUAGCCUCAGUGUUUCUGCUGAGCUAGAAAUACACCGAGAGUGUUCUGCUUAUCAGUACUGUUAAUGCUGCCUUGUUGAGUGGGGUCAGGGCCACACGUAACCCAGUGAGAUUCAAAGGAGCGCUCACGUUCAUCUUCAUUUUUCUCUGUGAAGAUCACACAAACUUUAGAGUCAGUCCUACAGUCCGUAUUGCUGCCAUUUUGUAGGACAAGUGCACUUGGAAAAUUAAGGCCUGAUCCUGUGAAAUACGAGACACCCUCACAUCCUAUCGACUACAGUGGGGAGCUACAGCUGAUAAGCACCUCUUAAAUCAAUAUGUAAAUGUUUGGGUCACUUAGCUACCAGGAUUAACCUACGUAUGGAUGUAGAUGUCCAACUUUAGGGAUCCCAGCUUGAGUAUUUGGGGUAGAACGCACAUUUAAAGAAAUGUCACUGUUUCUUCAAAUUCUGAAAGAAUUAACAGAUGGGGAGUACUUUGGUCCAUGCAACAACAGAACAUGUAGACUCAUAUCAUUAUUACUUGUGACAAGACCCCGUUUCUGAAAAAGCCCUCCUAAAUAGUAACUGAUUUGCUCUAAUGUAUACUGUAUUUCAUCGUAGGACAGACGGGAUUAAUGUGAUUCAUUAACCACUAACAGAAUACAUUGGGAAUGAUCAGGUUUGGAGAUUUUUAUUUUGUUGUUCUGUUCAUUUGGGUUUUUGAGUUUUUUCUUUUAGUAAAAGCGAGCAACGGAUCUAACACAUGAAAUAAACUCCAGGUUACUUCUUUGCAUCUUGAAGUUAAGUUUAGGAAGACUGUUGCGGUUGUUGGAAAAGAAAGGAAAAUCAGGUUCUCUAAUAACGUAUGUACUUGUACUAUUUUGGAAAUACUUAGUGCUGAAGUUAGGACAGCUCCUCUCCUUGGUUAAGAAAGCCCAUUACUAUAGAGAAGCCAUGGCUUUAAAGGUAUAGCUAUACAACAUACAUCUUUUUUGAACAAUUUUUCAUGACCUGUAUUACAGAUCUAUUUUCAGUUUGCAGAUGGACUUAGCCCAGCAUACACCAGACUGGACACAUACUUCAAAAUGCUGUUUUACAGAUUAGUGAUCUGUGACACUGUAAAAUACCAACUUUCCGACAGUUUAAUCAGUUUUAUUUUUGUACAGUAUUCGUAUCCUUUAUAAGUUAUUUUGCUGUCCUGUUUUGUAAAUCACAUGAAAUUGUAAAAAAAAGAAAAGAAAAAAAAAGUAGGCAUAGAUGUUUUUGUACAUAUGUAUAUAUAUUGUCCAAAUAAAAAAAAAAAAGGAAUUAAAAUAGCAAAUGUUGUUUUGAGUAAUUGGAGUCAGAGAGUGAUCAUGAAAACCAGUCUGGAUCAUUGUAAAAAAAUACUGCUGUGCAUGAUGAAAUCCAUGAGUUGAGUGUAAUACAAGCCAGCUUCAAAGAUCCCAGUGUUGCUAAUCAUUGUUAAACUUGGGUGUUGUUUUUCUGCUUUUCCCAGGUAUUCUCCCAGACAUUCCUUCUCUCACUGCUGCAGGGAGACAACAACCAACUGUGGCACAACUUGCAGUGGGGGAAGAAUAUCACCUCAUCAGCGUACUCUGGUUCCCAGGGAGUUUCUCUUCAUUGCUCAGUGGCUUUUGAGUUCAAACCAAUGCUCUUCCUUGCACCAUGCGGCUGCCCCAUGAGCUAAUGAUGCUUCAGCCUGUGCUGCCGUACUGCUGCCUCGAGAUUUCCCUGCAUUUGGAAGGAUUCCCUAAAGUAAGGAGCAAACCCACCUGUUCAGCCUCUGAAGGAUGGCAAGACAAGAAGCCCAGUCCCCCAAAGCUCACUGACAGUUAACCAGGACUAGCUAAAAGCAACUACUUACACAAACUAACUUAACCUGGUACCUGAAUUGUGCUAGGGUGUGGUUGCAAGGUCAGAGCCAGACCCAAGGGAAUAUUGAACCCUCUGGAAGGGCAGGCAGAGACACAGGGGUGGGAUAGUGCCAUCUGCAGCUAGAACAAGGUGUGUAAGCGGACACCAGGUUUUGACAUGCUAGUUCUUGUUUGGUGGUGUGGUCGUUUUUAUGCCCAGCCAUGGGAAUUUUCUGUGUGGAGACUGAACAGCCAAAAGACAAACACACCAAACUCAACACAGUUUUCUGAUUUUCCUGUCAUCCUUUCUAGGAAUAGAAGGACACAGGGCUGGGGCGUUAAGCUCAUUCCCCUACAAUCCCAUCAUACCUCAUUUUUCACAAAUUUAUCAUUCCUCGCUUAAAACAAGCUGAUUUUUGCCUUUAGAGAUCUGGAAAUGCUACCAAAAUCUUCCUAGUGUAGACAAGGCUUUAGCCUUGGGAGGACAUUUCCAACCGUUGCGAUCUAAGAGACUCUGCAGAAUAGCUCUCACACUAAUGAUGGAGAUUUUGGCUGGACUAGACAUGACAUAUGAAGAAUCAAAACAUUCCAGUGGAUGCUGGCAGUAAGACUUCAGCUACGAAAUGAGGAGGUGAGUGUCACCCUGAAUACAGACCAACUGAUUCGGAGAGCAUGGUUUCUGUAAGGACAUGUUUCCCCCCGCCCCCUCUACUGCGGGGAGAAGAAAGGCAACAUGACAUGCAACGCCAUAAAAGUUCAGUUAAAUGCAUGCAGCAUGGUUCAGAAAACCACAUCCAAGGGUAGUAUCCUGCCUCCUAGGGUGACUUCUUUCACUUCCAUCAGAGUCUAAAACACGUGCUGUUCAGCACUCAUUUAGAGCCAAGGAGUUAGGGAGGUUUCCUUUCUGCAGCAGAGCUUCACAACAACUGCUGCUUUCCCCAUGGCUUUUGUUCUGGAGCCAAAAUCUCCUCCAGGUCAAGCUCUUCUCUCCCAGGCACAUCAGACAAACUAUGUCAACAGUAACUUAAUGCAAAGUCACAAUUGUCAGAACAAUGUACUUACCAAAGUCCACUUUAAGGGAUUGCCUUAAAGCAAAGGAAGCUUGCCCAAUGGCAGGAAUUGUGCAAUUACAAUGCUUUCAGUGCCAUUCUGUCCUCAGCUGAAAACUUCCCUGGCCACUAAAAUAUCUCCUCAAAAAAUGUCUACAGAUAUUAUGGAACUCUUCCCCUUCUAAAAAAGGGAACUUUUGAUUGUCAUCAUUUUUAGUCCUUAAUAAAUACUUAUUUCUGAAUCACUA